CGUUUUCCAAAAUUGCUCUUAUUUAAGCAUAAUCAACGAUUUAUAUUAAAGAAAAACAAUUGCUGCCCGAAAUUUGCUUUUACUGCUCUCUCUCACUGGUGAAUUUUCAGUUUGAUAAAUAUGGAGAUCAACGGGAGUUUCAAGAAGACGACUCAAGGCCGUAGAAAAAUCGAAAUCAAGAAAAUUGAAAAUCUGAGCAAUAGGCAAGUCACCUUCUCCAAGCGUCGAAAAGGACUUUUCAAGAAAGCCAAUGAACUCUGCAUAUUGAGUGGCGCAGAAAUCGCUAUUAUCGUCCAGUCUUUUGGUAAACGUGUAUUCGCUUUCGGCCACCCUAACGUCAAUUCAGUAAUCGAACGCUUUUUGAACGGAAACGCCAGUUCUGAUUCCAACUAUCAGGCUCUUGUGGAAAACAACUUCCUUAACACACUGGAAUACAACCGGCAUUAUUCACAUAUUUGGAGGGAGUUGGAGGUGGAGAAGAAGCGGAAGAAGGUGAUAGAUGAGUCGAAAAGGGUGGACGCCGGUGGUGAUGAAUUCUGGUGGGACGCGGCGAUCGACUUUCUUGAAUUGGAUGAGCUCGAAGUUUACAUGGUGGCGUUGGGAGAAUUGAUGAAAAAUGUGAACAUGAAAGCAAACAAUCUUAUGCUGUUACAGAAUUCGAGUUCAUCAGGUGUCGGUGCUCCCAUGACUGGAUUGAAUCCGACCAUUGAACCAUAUUCUCUUGAUGAUAUGUUGUUGAAUCAGAAUCAUAACCAGAUUAGUAAUAGCUAUGAUUAUGGUAAU